AUCCUCAUGACUGAUAACAUGCUGCUCAUGGGGGGAUUACAAAACUAUGUGGUUGAAAUUGACAUGAACACACUUCAAGAAACUCAAAAAUUCACAGUGGAGGCACCUGGAGUGACAAUAAUGCGUCAGACCAAUCGUUUCUUCGUCUUUGGGCACCCUUCUGGCAAAGUGACCCUUCGAGACUUGCGCACAUUUAGGACACAAAAGUUUGACGCAUUUCCUGGCGGCCUGUCAGACUUUGAUGUUCAUGGAAACCUUUUGGCUGUGAGUGGGUUCUCCAGCCGAGGGCUGAAUGAACGUUUCCUGAUGGUGUAUGACCUCCGCAUGAUGCGAGCUGCAACCUCCCUUUGGGUGCAUGUGGAUCCUUUCUUCGUGCGCUUCCUUCCUACCUACACGUCACGGCUCGCAACCAUCUCACAGACAGGUGAGUGUCAGUUCUGUGAGCCCACUGGCCUCGCCAGCAUGGUGGAUAUUUUCCAUGUCAACACAAACGGCCACUUUCUCACAAGUUUUGAGGUCUCAUCCAGCAAACAAGCCUUAGCCUUUGGAGAUUCGGGGGGAUGUGUGCGUCUCUGGUCUGAUACUCGGGACGUUAUGUUUAACGUCUACUCCAGAGAGCCCUGCGUUGUGGAUGCACAGCCUCAGCUGGCCUGGAAUCAUAACCUGCAGCCCUGCUCUCCCAUCCCCACUGCCCAGGCUACACCCAGCUCAAGGUGGGCUCCUGGGAUGGACCCAGAAAUCCCACAAACUAUUGAAACUGUUGGCUUCAACAGUUAUGUGGAAAAUCCUUCCGCCUGCCCCUGUAACCAGAUCCCUGCAAAUAAAGAAGGGUCACCUGGUUAUUACAACCACAUCCCUGAAUCUCCAACAGAGAGUGAUAAAGAGCCGCUCCUUCACACUGUUCCCGAAAAGUACAGAAAGGUGACAAUUAAAUACUCUAAACGUGGACGGGAAGAUUUUGACUUCAAACAUUACAACAGGACGUUGUUUGCUGGCCUGGAGCCGCAGAUUCCCAACGCCUACUGUAACUGCAUGAUCCAGGUGUUAUACUUCCUGGAGCCAGUUCGCUGCCUUGUUCAGAAUCAUUUGUGCCACAAGGAGUUUUGUUUGGCUUGUGAACUCGGCUUCCUCUUCCACAUGUUGGAUUUGUCACAAGGAGAUCCAUGUCAGGCCGGCAACUUCCUCAGAGCACUUCGAAACGUCCCUGAAGCCAAAGAGAUGGGCCUGAUCCUCUCAAACUGUGAGGAGACGACAGGAACAGUCGAGCUGGGUCGCUUAAUCCAGAGAUGGAAUCACUUCAUCCUCUACCAGCUCUUCCAGGAGACACAGGAGCAGGAGGAUCUACGGGCCUACAGGACGACCAGGAGCAGUUCUCUGGGCUCCUCUGGCGACUCUGUCAUUAGAGAGCUGUUUUGUUCUGAAGUUGAGAACCGCAGCCUGUGUCUCUGUGGCAUAGAAACAGUCCACUCCUCCCUCAUGUUGCUGUUCAACAUGCAUUACCCUGACUCUCAAGGAGAAAGAAUAAAGGAGCACGACUUUGCUGAGAUCCUGAAGAAAAGCAUCUGCCUGCAGCAGAGAUCUCACACAUGGUGUGGAAACUGU